AUGCACUGCCUGCCACAAUUGAUACUGGCGCUGGCGCUAUGCGCGCUACUGUCGCCGCCAGAGGCAUUCGCCGAGCGCUAUGGCUCCAACUAUCGCUUGGGUCUGCGUUCCGUGGGCCGUGGCGAGCAUGUCUUGCCCGAGGGCCGGUUCACCUCGUCGAUUGUGAACAAGUUUAGCACACUGAAGGGCACCACCACCACAACAACCGCGGAGCCAUCCACCACCCUAACACUCACCCCAACAACCACACCCACCACAACAGGCACUACAGAUACCACUUCGCCAACCUCCGACACGACGGCAACCUCACCAACGGCAACGACGACAACGGCUCGUCCAGCGCCAGCAGCUAUCGGCGCCGGAAUGCCUGGCUAUGUGCGUCGCCCAUCGGAGCAGCAGUGGCGCCAGUUCCAGCUGGAGCAGCGCAAUCGCCGGCGCAUGAAUCGCCUGCAGCGCGAGCAUAACCAGCGCAUCCGUGAGCUGGUGCGUCGCCAGCGUAUCUCGCAGCGCCGCAACAAUCAGCGCAUCCAACGCAUCCAGCAGCAGAAUCGCCGACGCGCCGCCAAACGUAAUCGCCGCAACAAGAACCGCACCAAGUCGCAGCGCCAGCGCCGUCGUCGCAACAAUGUGGAGCGUCGCCGUCGCCAGAAAGCCCAGCGCCAGCGUCGUCGCCAGCGCCUCAGCCAGCGCCGUCGUCUGCGCCAGCUGCUCCGUCGCCGCCGUGGUCGUGGCCGCAGCGUGAGACGCGUCUUGGUUGCCUAA